AAAUUGGAAAACAAGAAAGCUGGAAAGGUAAAAAAACCAACGGGCGGAGUGGGCACUUUUAGGCUGGAAACUCAGCCCACCACCAACUGCAAUCUAUCAACACUCGCCAUCGUAGAACAUCACAUCAUCUCCACGGGACCUCUAUGAAUCUGAGUGGAAAAAAUUCCAUGGAGAGAAGGCUUUGAUUGGUGGAGGGUUUUCGAUAAAGAAAGCCUGAUAGACGCCAUUGAUCGUCUUUUUUCCCUUCUUUUCCCGUUUCCUUUCUCUUUUCAUCGUUUCUCUGGAGAUCAUCGUCGUAGCCAUUUGCCCGGGGAGAUCUGACUCCUGGAUUCAGGAACCCAUCUCUGAAUUAUCGUUUGACCCAAAUGGAUUCAUCGUCGGAUCCAUCGUUUACCCGACAAAGAAAUCUUCAUCAAAUCCUUGGAGAAGGUUUAGAGCUCUAAGAUAAGCUGUCUCUCUAGCAGUUGCUGAUGUAGUACUAUGGAGGCAAAGCAACAUCUCAGCCGGGAUAUUACUAGUAACAGUAGCUUCUUGGGUGGUUUUUGAGAUCUCUGGCUACACUCUUCUCUCACUUGUUUCUAGUGUGCUUCUCCUCCUUCUCGCCAUUCUAUUUCUCUGGGCCAAAUCAGCUGCAAUUCUCAACAGAUAAUGACUUGUGAAAAUGUUUGGUCUUGCCUCUUUUAAUAAAAAGCAGACCUCCUCCGCCUCUACCAAAGUUGCAGCUCUCAGAAGAAAUGGUGAAUCAAGCUGCAAAUUUGUUCAGAACCCAUGUGAAUGAGCUACUUGCCGUUUCUCAGAACAUUGCUCUGGGGAAAGACACAAAGCUCUUCUUCAAAGUGGCUGCAUAUCUCUUGCUAAUAGCCAUUGUUGGUGGCAUGACUGAUCUUCUCGCGUUGGGCUACACUAGUCUGCUGAUGAUUUUGACCGUGCCAGUACUGUACGAGAGAUAUGGGGAUGAUGUUGAUAGAUACGUUAAGAUGACUAGCUACGAGUUACAGAAACUGUAUAACAAAAUUGAUGUGGAGGUUAUUGGUAGAGUGAAAAAAUGUAUAUUGGAGAAGCAGAAACUAAGUUGAUUCCUUCCAUUUUACUUCUUUUUUCUUUUUCUUUUCCAAUUUGGCUGUGUCCUUCGAGGUGCUGAGUGAUGAAUGAAUAGGCGCUCUUUUGUGGGUCUGGUAGCUUUGCUGAUUCUUCCUUCUCCCUCUUCCGGGUUUUGUUUUUGUGUCCUGGGCCAGCAGUUUUUGGUUUUCCUGGUGUUGGCUUGCAAAACCUCAAUACAUAUAUAGAAGCUAUAGACAAAACAAGAGAAAUGGCUACCUCGACAGCAAACUGUCUUCUGUUUUUUGAAUCUUUUCCAGUCUCGAUCCUGUUAUUUUAUAUUCUGUUUAAUGGGGG